GGCUACUCGUGCGGUGGAUUCCCCCAAGUUCGUGUGUUCGCGAGAGAGCGAGAUGAGAAGGGACCGCUUGGAGUCGUUGGCAUUCAAGAAGAUAUUAAAAGUCAAGACCGAGGAAUGGCUGGAUAAAGGGGAGGAAGGAGAUCCCUAUCGAAGGGAGGAGGAAGAUCGGGAUCGGAUGGACGAGGAAGAUCGGGAUCGGCCAACGCGCCGCCAAGGAGAUGGUACUGCUGCUAACGGUAAGGAGCACGUGGUGAUCAAGGAGGAAAGGGAGGAUAGUCCUCUGCCAGAUGAGGAGGAGGAGGGGAAAGGAAGAGGAGCAAGAGGAGGGGGAGGAGGGGGAGGAGAAGGAGGAGGAAAUGAGGAAAGGAGACCGACAUUGACUCCCGACCGACGACGAGCGUAUCUGCAGAAAGUGCAACGGAUAGUGGAACGGGAGCGGGAGGGGAGAAAGAAAAGGAGGGAGAGAAGGAAAGGCGAGGUACAGCAGGAGGGAGAAGAGGGAGAGAGAGAGAGAGAUUGGCGCCGUUGGAUCGACCGGUUGAUGGAGAUCGAGAAAGACGUUGAGCCCCAUUGCCGUCAUUCGCCGACGGAGGUUUAUCAAUGGUUAGCGAAGAAGCAAGGCCUAUCGAUGCCCAGGUCAGCUGUGUGGAAAUACAUACACAUGAAGCAUCAGAGGGGGGGCGAGGGUUUAAAUAGCGCGAUCGCCAUUGGAUCGAUGAACGAGGAGAUGAAAGCGGCGGCAAUGAGAAGGGAGGGGGGCGCAGUGAGCAGGUAUGUCUGCACGGCUUGUGGAAUCUCCCAGACCCAUACCUGGAGCAACUGUCCAGCUAGGAUUUGGGUUACGGGGCAGACCCCGGUAGAGUAUCAUAUGUGGAAGAGGAGAGUGGGGGAGACGAGUCGAAAGGAAGAGGAGAAGGAGGAGGAGGACAUAGACGGAGGUGAAGGAAGAGGAGGAGGGGAAGGGGGGAACGGACGUACCGCAGGGGCACACGUGAACGGCGGGGAAGGGGGAGCAGGAGGCGCAGCAUCAUCUGCGGCAGGGAAGCAGGAUAGCCAACGCACGGGAAAGAAGCGUAGUAGAGGGAGUACGGAGGCGGCGGAUGGGGAGGAGGAGGGUCGGCGGGCAAAACGCCUGCUGCAGACGAGGGGGAGCGCUGUCCGGCAGAGGGAGGAAGUGCAGGGGGAGGGGGAGGGGGACGGUGAAAGAAGAAGGGAACACGUGGCAGGUCGCGACCUGGGAGAAGGGUUGAGGAAAGCAGAUGGGAUCUCGGCAGCCACCCCCGCCGUGACUCCUGAAGCCAGACGGGGUCGGAAACCUGGCAGCGUCCCGGCCGGUCUCGGUAAUGUGCCCUUUGAACCGAUCCCGGCCGGUGAGAAAACGGUCAAGGGGACCAGAGGGAGGAUGCGCAUCUGGCGGUGCAGUUAUCCCGGCUGCGGCCAUCCUGUGCGGCAUCCAGGUGUCAGUUAUCAGAACAUCAAGUUGCACUGGAUAGGUGUCCACGUGAAUGGCCCGAAGAAGAAUCAUACCCAAAAUAGAAGUAAAGGGCGGCAAGAUGCCACAGGGACGAAAGGAGGUGGUGAUGGAGAAGCAGGAGGAGAAGCAGGGGGAGAAGGAGGAGGAGGAGGAGGGGAUGGGGAAGAAGAGAGGAGAAAGGAGGAGGAGAUGGAGAAGGAGAAGGAGAAGGAGAUCGCUGCAGAGAUCGCCAGAAUGAGAAAAUGGGAAGAAGACGACAGAAGAAAGACCGAGUUACUCAGACAGUACUCGAUCCAACGUGGGGCGGAAUUUCGGAGGGCUCUCUGUGCCAUUCAAGACAUGACGGGAAGACGCGUGGCUACCAUUCUAGAGGGCCAUCUCCUGGGUAGCUUCCGUGCGGACGAUCUUCUCCUGCUGGGAAUCGUGUUGGAGGAGUUUUGCAGAUACAGGGUGGGGAAAGAGGUGGCUGCUCUGUCCAAGGACUGCUCGAUCCGUCAUGAGGAGGUGAGAGAGGAGGAGAAAGAGGAGGAGGAGAAAGAGGAGGAGAAAGAGGAGGAGAAAGAGGAGGAGGAGGAGGAGGAGGAGGAGGGUGGUGGAGGGGAAGGGCAGAAAGGCAAGGACGGAACAGAGCGGGGAGGGGGAGAAAAAGGGGAGGAGGGAGAAGGACAAACGAAUGGGGAGGAAGGAGGGACAGGGAGGGAGAAAGAAAGGGAGGAGGAGGAGGAGGAGGAGGAGGAGGAAGGAGAGAAAAGCAAGCAGGGGCCAGGGGAGGGAGGGACACAGAGGGAGGAGGAAAGUGAGGAGGAAGAGGAGGAUGAUGAUGAUGAUGAAGAUUGGCGGUUGGAAUGGGGGGCAUAAAGGAUGGGUAGUAAUAAAGAAAAAGGUCUCCAUGUUGCCACGUGCACGCUAAGAUGGGGGAGGAAAAGAGGGUGAGAGAAUGAGUGACUCAGGAAAAAGGCGAGAGAGGGUGGUGGAGAAGAGGGAGCAGAGCUAGGGGACGGGAGGGGAUUCCAUGAACAUAAAUAUACAAGAAAAUAGGGACGUGCCACGUGGGUGCUAUCCAAAUUCCCAUGUAGUCGCUCGAACGCCCUUGUGUAUGUCAUCAAGAAAGAUGACUAGGUACACAGAUUCGAGUCCUUGUACUCGGAGUUAUGAGGGACUCUCUGCACAUGCUUUCGGAGGUCUCCUUUUUUAAGUAGAGUAGGGGCAGCUCAUCGGUGAAUGACCCUACAGAUUUGUUUGAUUGCUCGGGGGGGAGUGAUUGCUCGGGGGGGGGGGCGGGGGGGUGCAUCUCGAGAUGGCCUUCUUUCAAAGGCUCCGUUUGUGUUGUAUUUUUUCCAUGUCAGCUCUUUCAUCCCCAUUUGCCGUGAUGACAGCUGUCAAAAUCG